GCCCCCCGUUUCCCCACCGCGUUUGAAACGAUGAAUGGGGACUUGGCUGAGGAGAAGAGUGGGAAACACACAGUUUUAGUUUGAAGUGUUCACACAAGACGUGAGGACGAGUAGUCAACGGUUAAACUGGAGCCCUGAACACCUCACACAGAUUUACAGAGGCUACUUACAACAUGGACAUUGAGGAGCACGACUCAGACGUCCAGAGUGGAUUACGGCCUGCUCAAAUGGGUGCAGGCGACAUGGAGGCUGUGGAAGCCCUGAUGUCCAUGACUAAGCACUGGAAAACCAGGAGCUUCAGGCUCAGACACUUCAGACCCCUGACUCCGUCCUCAGACUGCUCAGAGGACGACUCUGCCCCCCUUGCAUCUGCUGUGCUACAGGAUUCUCCUCUCUGUAUGACACCACCAUACAGCCCACCCCACUGUGAGGACACCCAUCCAGCCUCAGCAGCAACGUUACAUCAACUUGCUGUAGCUGGAAGUCCAGCCUGGCAGACGGCAGAGGAGACUCAUCUGCACAGACACACUGCUGCUUCUCAGCAGAGGUUCCAGUGCACCAGUGUGAUCCGCCACACUGCAGACGGCCAGCACUGCUGCUGCGACGUCCAUCCUGUCUCAAAGAGAGACAGACUCACUCAAGUUCACACAAAAGACUCUAAAAGAGAUUUGAACUUUGAGGAUGGGCUGCACACCAGAGACUCUGAGAUGGUUGUUAUAAUGCAGUCUGACUCUGGGGAUGCCACGCCACAGAAACCUUUAACUGCGACUUUGCCAAAUGUUCUUAAGGACAGUCAAACCCAGAUGAGACUUUCAUCCCCAGUUGAUAAAUCAGACACACCUCAGUCUGUCUCCUCUGUCCCAGCUGGUGUUAAUGGAGUUUCUCCUGUGCCUGUCUACUGCCAAAUUCUUCCCGUCUCUUCUCCUUCCACCAGUGUUGUGCGAAAGCCUGUCACAGCCUUUGAGAGUCAUCGGCAACACCCACUACCCACCGCAUCAGCAGUUACAACUGUGCACACACAACAACAGCCCAUCCAACAACAACAUGCACUAUUGCAACCACAAACCCAAGCGGCGUCUUCUGCCCAGGUCUUCCUCCUUGGGGGUCAGGUUGCAAAAGGCCCCCUAAUGCUUCUCGUCUCUCAGCCGGCUGUUCCUACUCUGUACGUUCAUCCCGCGCUGGUGACACCUGGUGGUACCAAGUUACCAGCCAUCGCCCCCGCACCUGGUCAUACUCCUUUGGAGCAAAGGCAAAGCUCACUGCAGCCAGAGGUGUCCCGUGUACGCAGUCAUGUUUGUCCCCGUGAGGACUGCAGCAAGACCUACUUCAAGAGCUCCCACCUCAAGGCCCACAUGAGGACGCACACAGGUGAGAAGCCCUUCAAAUGUAAGUGGGAGGGCUGCGAGAGGCGGUUCGCUCGCUCCGAUGAGCUGUCUCGCCACCGACGAACCCACACGGGAGAGAAAAAGUUUGUCUGUCCCGUGUGCCACAGCCGCUUCAUGCGUAGCGACCACCUGGCCAAGCACGCCCGGAGACACCUGGCGAUGAGGAGGAUGCCCUGCUGGACGUUGGGGGUCACCCAGUCUGUCGACCUCGCUGCUUCCACAACACUCAGUCUCCCCUCAUCAAACUCUCUCUGACGGAUCCAGGCGAGACACCAAAGUAAAAACUGUGAAACUGAACGGGGCUGUGUCUCCCAGCACAGAGGAUCGUGUGCCUGAUCCGUACACAUCACCUGUCGGCUCAACACUUGCACAACACUGCUAAGCCUGAAAGCAAAUAAAAUUGCAUGUGAAGUCUUUGCUGCUUUGCUGUUGUUUAAUAAUUAUAGUUGAACAAGAACGAGGUGAUGACACUGUAAACAGACAUUGACUUGACUUCCAACUACCGUGUUGCCUUAAACUGAGCAAUUACACUGAAAGUAUCAAAUAUAGACAGUAUUUUGUCAUUUUCAUAACACUUUUACAAAUCCUGCUAAAUGUACAUUUACCUUUCAGUGAUAUUUGACCAAAGAAUGUUGCCUGUUUUUCUUUUGAGCCAUAUGAAAAUUUAUUUGUUCUACAACAAUUUUGCACAAAUGUUUUUUUCUUGGAUGAAAAUUAGAAAUCUUUAUUAAACUAGAACACAUGUUUACAGAUGUU